ACGUUUGUUUGCUACUUUCUGUUCUAUUAACUGGCAUUUAUGGUUACGGAUUGUACUGGAAAUUAACCGUAAGUUGCAUUACAACGAAUUAAUCUCUUGCCGUUGCUCUAGUUUUGUGAUUUCUAGAGUCCUGCUGACGUUGAUAGCUGCUUUAGACUGGGAGCGUGCUAUUUUGCACUAAUGGCUCCUCUCUUGGUUCCUGUUACCGUCUUGGUUCUAUACUUUAAUUGGAUGGGUCUGAUGUUCUUCAUUAACAAUUGAAUAUCAGAGUGUUGGUCACAGCAAGAAAAUUUCGAUCAUGUGAUCAUGAUCAGCUGCAGACUGAUGAAAUGAAAUGCAACAAGAAGAGCUGAAAGUUAAAAUGCAAAUGCCAAUGCAACGUAAACAUUGCAAGGUUGCAUAGAAAGACCAAUGAUAAGAAUGCCUUUUUAUGAUAUCCUUUAUUUUGGAUUUCUAGAAUAUGCUGGAGUACGUAAUAGUUUCCUUGAGUGGGGUUGAGUCUUGUGUCUAAUCAAUUAGAAAGUUGAAAAUUUUUAUAAUACGUGUACCAAUACUUUGGUAACUGAUAGAGAUGUGCUGUGUCUUUCUGGUGUGUACAAGAGUCUUUCAGAGCCAUAUAUGGUCUUGCUAGUGGGAGACCGAAAACGGUCUGGCUAAGCGUGUAGCGCGCGUUAGAAUAUUCUACUAACAACCACGUUAGAAUAACAACCACGCCUACUCAAUGGCCGCGGCAGUAGCGAAAAGAAGAGACACCGAACUCGGAGAUGUAACGCCGCAUAACAUUAGACAACUGAGAACACUAAACACGGUCGUCUUUCCUGUCACUUACAACGACAAGUUUUACAAGGACGUUUUGGAGUUAGGAGAACUGGCGAAAUUAGCGUACUUCAAUGAUAUCGUUGUUGGAGGAGUUUGCUGUCGUGUCGAUACGUCGCAAGACAGACGUCGACUCUACAUCAUGACAUUAGGCUGUCUCAGGCCUUACCGGCGACUAGGCAUAGGUACUAUUCUACUUGAUCACGUGUUCAAGAUCUGUAAAGAGGAUGGCAAAUUUGACAGCAUCUACUUGCAUGUUCAGGUGAGUAAUGAAGAGGCCCUUAGUUUUUAUAAGAGGUUUGGUUUCAAGAUAAAAGAGAAGGAAGAAAAGUACUACAAGAGAAUUGAACCUACUGAUGCGUACGUGUUAGAAAAGGAUGCACAAGACUUACUGCAUUCAUCGUAGCUAAAUUAGGGACAUGUUGUCUGGUUACAGUUCAGUAUGAGUUGCUAAAUACAUCUUCGUAUUCUUCUGUUGA